UAACUACAUAGAUUUCUGAUUUCUUUGCAGUAAUAUCUACAUAACAGCGAUACCGGAGGAGGAGACCGUUUUCAUAGCUCGCAAACGCCGAGACUCGGAACUGCAGCAGCAGCCGGAGCAGCAUCAACUUGGCGGCGGUCGUGGCGCCAUCUACUUAGCCAAAUCUGACGGUCGCUAUGUUCGCACAGUUAUUCGAGGGCAUCUUCAAAUACCAACUGCUGUCAUUACUUUACCACAGCUUGGUCGAUUCUGUUUUGCUGAUGCUGGAACAAAUGCGAAAAUUGAGUGUGCUGAUAUGGAUGGAAAACAUCGAGAAGUCAUCGUCAUCGAACUCAUUUAUUCGCCAACAUCGCUGGCUGUUGAUGAAGGCAAAGAAAACCGAAUAUACUGGGCAGAUCCGAAAUUCCACAAAGUGGAAUCUGUUUUACCGGAUGGUCAUUUUUUUGAGUCAAUUCAUUCAAGCACCGGACAA